UUGGCUUAACCGCUGUUGUCAAAUCAGAGAUUAUGAAAGUUGCUGGGUGGGAAGUACAGUUAAUACUGCGUAGGACAAAACACAAACAGUACAGAAUCACACCAGUAGCCUUUAUAACAGGGGACCCAGCACAUGUUGAAGGUUUGUCGUGUGGAUAGGGUCGGUUAAUGUAGGGUUUACUAGCGACGCCGUUGGUCUCAUUCCAUUUCGCGAGUUAGCUAGCCUGCUAACAUUAACGGCUGCUUCUACUGACAUUUGACCGACACAUGGUGCAUGAGAGGACACUACUGCACUCAGAGGCAGUGCCGAGCAGCGACCUUAACGACAUUAUUAUGACCGCAUAAGAGCUGACACAGAACGGACGAAAUGAUGGAGGCAUUGGGCAGAAACACCAACUUUUCCCAUGAGGGGUCCCCGGACUCCACCGCUCUCUCAUCCAGCACCAUGUCCAUCGACAAGCUGUUCCCUGCUCUGUUGGAGUGCUUUGGGAUAAUAUUGUGUGGCUACAUCGCAGGGAGGGCGAACAUCAUCACAUCUACCCAGGCCAAAGGAUUGGGGAAUUUUGUGUCCAAGUUUGCCCUCCCAGCUCUGCUGUUCAAGAACAUGGUACUGUUAGACUUUGGUAAUGUCAUCUGGCCAUUUCUGUGGAGCAUCCUCAUCGCCAAAGUGUGUGUGUUUGCCAUCGUGUGCGUCCUCACGCUCAUAGUUUCCAGUCCUGAUAGCCGCUACAGCAAGGCUGGGAUCUUCUCAAUAUUUGCCACCCAAAGCAAUGAUUUUGCGUUGGGGUAUCCCAUUGUUGAGGCCCUGUACCAGAGCACAUACCCAGAGUACCUCAUGUACAUCUACCUGGUUGCACCUGUGUCCCUGAUGCUUCUGAAUCCAAUUGGCUUUGGCUUCUGCGAGAUCCAGAAGUGGAAGAAUCAAGAAAACCGCCAGCAGAGCAAACUCCGGAUCGUGGGAGUUAUAGUUUUUCAGGUCCUGAAGAACCCUAUAGUAUUCAUGGUUGUCAUCGGCAUCAUUGCCCACUUUGUCCUGCACCAGACAAUCCCUCCCAUCUUGGCUGAAUUCGUGGAUGGCUUGGCCAACUCUUUCGGGGGAGCAGCUCUGUUCUACCUCGGCCUGACCAUGGUGGGCCAAUUGGGGAAACUAACAAGAUCUACCGUUGUGACGCUGAUAUUACUGACUACAGCAAAACUGUUGCUAAUGCCCCUUGUUUGUAAGGACAUGGUGGACCUGCUAGACAACAGCAACACCAGUUCUUUGAACCACUCAAGCCUCUCCAACUAUGCAUUUCUUUACGGAGUGUUUCCCACUGCACCAAGUGUGGCCAUCUAUGCUGUCUAUUACAACGUAGAGCUAGAAGUUGUCACCUCUGGGAUGGUGAUCAGCACGUUCCUCUCCGCUCCCAUCAUGUAUGUUUCUGCCUGGUUACUCUCAAUCCCAUGGACGGAUCCUCAGCAUUUGAUGAACUCAUUGCAGAAUGUCAGCUUUAACAUAAGCAUAGUGAGCUUAGUGGCACUGGUGUGGACAAUUGUUAUCAUGUUUUUGAGUAAAAAAUUCAAGAGGCUACCUCACAUGUUCACAGUCAACCUGUUCUUGGCUCAGUUUCUGACUUGUAUUGGGAUGAUCGUGUGGAACUUUGUGGUGAAAGAAGACAACUUCAUCGGGCAGGUCCUUACAUUCACAUUAUUGUCUACCUCACUCUACAGCACGUAUCUAUGGCCAGGUUUGAUAGCACUCUCUCUUGCACUCAUGAAAAGGUUUGAGGACCUGAAAGUUUCCCCAGGCGUGUUCGUCAUUACAGGCUGGGGGAUUCCGGCUUUUGUAACUGCUGUGUUGCUCAUUUCUGGGGAAAAAAUAUCUGACACAAUUGACUCAUCAUUCUUUUAUGGCAAACAAGAGUUAAUCUGCACUGCAGUUGUACUUGCCCUCAGUAUACUGCUUGGAGGUGGCUCUUUGGUGUUUCUCAGUAGAGGAAGUUGGGCUCAAAAUGACCAAGUCCAGGAGGGAAACUCUGCAGAGAAUCUGGUGACUGAAGAUGAACCAGAAAACCAGAGUUUGUUUGAGCCAGUCAGCACAGUGGGAGGCCCCAACAGAGAGUGCCUCAUAUGUGACUGUGUACCCCAACCGAUGCCUGACAUGAUCAUCAGCACAAAUAUGACACCAGCAACCACACCAGGUCAGUGUGAGAACAGGUGUGAGUCCACAGACUGCCUGCUGCUCAAAGUGGAGGAGCUCCAACAGGUCACAGAUAGACAAGUGGCUCGUCAUUUGCUCUUAUGUCUGCUUCUGACAGUCAGCUUGCUUGCUAACUUUUCCAGCUGCUUGUGGCUGCUGUUUAACAGUGUUCCUGGUCGACUCUACUUGGAGCUGCAGUUCUUCUGUGCUGUGGCUAACUUUGGACAGGGUCUUCUCUCCUUUGCUCUGUUUGGGCUGGACAAGCAUUUCAUCAUACUGCCAUUUAAGAAAAGGUUACACAAACUGUGGUAUGGAAAGAAGCAACAAGAGCAGCCGCAGACUGAUCUACCUGAGGAUGUCAGGAUGACCUGCCUCCAGUUCACCAAAUACCACAAAGACCAGUGUUGUCAAGACAUUGUUAAAAAAAGAAGGUGUGGGAGGAGGACUAUGGUGGACUGUUUCCUUGGCUGUGAACUGGUGGAGUGGCUGCAGCAGGUGGGCUUAGCUCAGGACCCCGGUGAGGCGGUGCUGUACGGAACCCGGUUACAGCAGGGUGGUGUGCUUAAACACAUUAACCAGGAAUACGACUUCCAAGACAGUCCUCUUUAUUACAUCUUUAUUGCGUGAGACACAAGGGGACGAAGACUUUUCAUUUCACCAAAGUUAAAUGGCAUUUUAGUCAAAAACACUGACCUUUAAAGAGUACCUGUCUGAAACCUGACACCCUGGUCAGUUCAGCACAAUGUAGCAUGUAGUAUAAUGUAUCAGGUGCUGGAACAGACCACAGCUGACUGUGAUGCAUGGGCCAGUGCAUAAUGCAUUGUGUGGAGUUGGUAUAAAGGGAAUUAACAGAGUGUAGGUUAAGUCAUUUUUUAACCAGCUGUGUCUUAAUUAACAUUUCAUACAGCAGGUUAUACUAAGAUCUUGAGUUGUAGUGAUAUUGCUCCAACCAUCAAGAGCACGAUGAUUAGACAUUAGUAGUAACACCACUCUAUAACCAUUAUCUGUCAUUAUCAAAAUCAUUUAUUCUGAGAUAAAACCCAAAGUGGGAGUAAAUUAAAUGGCAAAUGUUAUCCCUCAUUUAGUAAAACUGCACUGUCUAACUUAGAACUGUAGAUUAGAGUUUUAUUAGGAAGUCAAAUUCUAAAUCAUGUGUACAACAGACUGAUUGGAUAAGAAUUUUAAUACUUCACACUGACUUAUCAGACAGUCUGAUUGUGUUUUGGUGGGUAAAAUAUUAACUUGAUAUGUCUGAUGGACAAAACUCCCAAAAUAGGAGCAUUUACAAGAACUUAUUUUAAAGGGCAAAACAAGACUUUGUUGCCUUUUUAAAGGCAUUUUUUGCAGGUAUUUUUCUUUCAGUCAGUAUUUGCACUUUCAGUUGUUUUAUUUUUGUUGUACAAGCAAUAAUGCGCAAAGGGUUACCUUUUGAACCACAGUUGGGUGCAGUCAAAAAACUCCUUCUCUGAAUGUAUUGUUUCCCUCACUGGGACACUUGAGCGUCUUGUCACUCUUCUAUAAAAGCUACUUGCCAAAGGAAAAAAAAGGGAAGAUGUGGUUAAGUCUUUACCCAUUUUUUUCAGAGUUUGUUGUCAGUUUAAUGUCUGAUUUCAGUACUUUCAUAUGUUAAUUAACUGGCUGGACCAGUACUGUACUUUCAGUUUGCUGCAGUUUAACAUGACUUGAAGUGAAGAGUAGUUAUACUGGGUUAUGUUAGCUGUAUCUCCAUACACCAUUUCAACAAACAACAAGUCAGUUAAUAUAGACAUUGUGCAUAUUUUGCCAUGUUUACAUUAAUUCAUUUUUAUUGUUUUAAAGUGACCACAACAAAAGCCAGCUGCCAUUUGAACAUUUCAAAAAGCCUUAAUAAAAAAUGUAUACGAGUCUCAGAACUUAAGGAGCAGUGAUGUAACGCUUUAUCCUCCUCCACAAAACUCCACUGAACUUCAAGUUGCUAAAAUGUGAGCUGCUGUAAUUCAUUUUUUGUCUCUCAGGUAUAUAGAGAACUAACUCAGCUAAAUGAAUCAUUAUUGUGGCUUUUUAAGUGCAAAAGUUUGUGUUUAUUAUUUAAAUCAAUCACAAUGAGAAACUGUAAAAACAAUCUUUUUUAUUUUAACAAAGGCUGCAUAUUUAUUGUAUUGUUUUAAAAUAAAACUUAUUUUCAAACUC